ACAGGCACAGCAGCAGUAGACGAAACAGGAGGAAGGAGCAGAGAGGAGGCGCUGCAGGGAGCAGACAGGAGCCGAACAGGCAGACAGACUCGGGGAGGUCGGGCUCCCCCUCGCAGCCUCGCCGGCCGGUGUUGUUUGAGGUUGACCCGCUGAACGGUUCUUGUGGCACCAGGAUGGUGUCUGUGCGGAGCUGGGUCGCCAACGAGGGAGGAAAGCACCUCAUCCUGGUGCUGUGGUUGGGAGUUAACUUGUGGCUGUUUAUAAAAACCUUCCUUCUUUACUCCACUGGACCACAGUAUCACUACCUCUACAAGAUGCUUGGGCUUGGGCUUUGCAUCAGCCGGGCCUCAGCGUCGGUGCUAAACCUGAACUGCACCUUGGUGUUGUUACCGAUGUGUCGCUCUCUACUCACAUUUGUCCGAGGAACAUGCACGGUAUCAAGCAGAAAGACUCGCAGACUGCUGGACAAGUCCAAGUUUUUUCAUGUAACAUGUGGAGUAGCCAUCUGUGUCUUCUCUGCUCUACACGUAUUUGCACACCUGGUGAACGCUGUCAACUUCAGUGUUAGAUACUCAGAUGACUUCCCGGCUCUUAAUCUGGCUCGCUACAGAGGAGAGGAUCCCAGAUUGAUCAUUCUGACAACAAUCCCAGGGGUCACUGGUGUACUAUUGGUUCUUAUCCUCUUCCUGAUGUUUACGGCAUCCUCUUAUGCUGUAAGGGUAUCGAGUUAUGAAAUAUUCUGGUACACACACAACCUCUUCAUUGUCUUCUACGUCAUCCUCAUGGUGCACAUGGUCGGUGGAGCUUUGAGGUAUCAGACCAAUGUGGAAGCCCAUCCUCCAGGUUGUGUCAAAGCCCAUCAGAACAGCACAGAGCAGCAAGGGGAGGAGCUACAGCAAGGGGAAGAUGAAGAACAAAGAUGCAAAGAAGAUCCUCACUUCCAGCCCCACAUCCCACAGACAUGGAUCUGGGUGUCUGGUCCUCUGUGUCUCUACUGUGUGGAGCGUUUCUACCGCUACAUCCGCAGCAGUGACCCUGUUACCAUAGUGAGGGUCGUCAAACACCCCUGUGAUGUUAUGGAGCUGAGGAUGCUAAAGAAAAACUUCAAGGCCCGUCCAGGACAGUAUAUUCUUCUUAACUGUCCAGAUGUAUCCUCCUUGGAAAACCAUCCCUUCACUUUAACAAUGUGUCCCACAGAGAACAAGGAAACAUUUGGCGUCUACCUCAGAGUCAUGGGAGACUGGACUGAGCGUUUCACACAACUGUUACUACCUGCACCAGGAGCAGUUUUGGAAAUCCAGCCUGUGAUGCCACAAAGGAGAUACCCUAAGCUGUAUGUGGAUGGUCCAUUUGGGAGUCCUUCUGAAGACGUGUUUAACUAUGAUGUCAGUCUCUGCGUCGCCGGUGGAAUCGGCGUCACGCCUUUCGCCUGCGUGCUGCAUGCUCUGCUGGACGGCUGGACGGGUUUCAGGCUACAGAGGUUGUACUUUGUGUGGGUCUGCAGGGAACUCCAGUCCUUCUACUGGUUUGCUGAGCUGCUGUGUGCCCUGCAUCACAAGCUGUGGCAGGAGAACAGACCGGACUACUUCAAUCUGAAACUCUACGUCAGCCAGACAGCCAGCCUGCAGAGUAUACCUCAGGAGAAGUACCGCCCACUCAGCUCAAGGUUGCUGGUUGGUCGACCCAGGUGGAAAUUACUCUUGGAUGAGAUUGGGAAGACCAAUAGAAAUAAGCGGGUCGGUGUUUUCUGCUGUGGACCAAAAAGCAUCUCCAGGACUCUGCACAGACUGUGCAACUCCUCGCGCACAUCUGGAACAGUCUUUGAAUUCAACAAAGAAUCCUUCAGCUGAUGGUGCAUCAGAGCUGCUUGUCACACUCUGAGGUCUGGUUCAGUAAAGAAGCACAACUUUGCAGUAUUUUCACAACUGUGAGGUAGCAGGAACCUGUAAUACUCACAGAAUCUCUUUGUGUUUCAUCUGCAUUAGUACUCACUGUGGUCCGAAAUCCAAGUGUUAGCUUCUGUACAAGUGUGUAACUUCUGAAACAGUUGCAGGUUUUAGCAGGAGCAUUGAUUCUGAUCAUAAAACUCACCAGUCCAAAGACCAUAACUGAAACCAGCCUGCCGCAUUGACUUCACCACUGAUGGUCUCUUUUCACAACCUGAAUUCAUGUUUGUGCCUUUUUUUUUUUCUUUUUUGGUGAAAAUGUCUUUGUUCAUGUCGGUGACUAAUUUUAAUAUUCAGCUUCUGUUAAGGAAGUGAGAUGAGAUGUUGGGCUACCAAUAGUGAUGCACAUAUCAGUGUUAAACAUCUGCACCACUUGGCUGCCAAAAAUAUGCACUGAAUAACGUACCAAACCUGACCCCAAUCACUGG